AAGGAUGAGGCUUUCGUUUUCUGCCAUACAUCUAAAGAUAGAACACAAACGUGAAUAAAAGCAAUUAAGUUCUCUCUUUACAUUUUUUCCCACUUUCCCUUUGAGACAACUUCGAAAAAAAACAGGAGUAAAACAAACAAACCAGGAAAGAAAAUGGCAUUGAGAAUGUGGGCUUCCUCUACAGCAAAUGCUCUCAAGCUCUCUUCUACUGUCUCCAAAUCUCAUCUCUCUCCAGCUUUCUCCAUCUCCAGAUGCUUCUCCUCAGUGUUGGAAGGGCUUAAGUAUGCAAAUUCACAUGAGUGGGUAAAACAUGAAGGCUCAGUUGCUACAGUUGGUAUCACUGACCAUGCCCAGGGACAUUUAGGAGAAGUUGUGUUUGCGGAGCUGCCAGAAUUAAACAGUUCAGUGAGCAAAGAAAAAAACUUUGGAGCUGUUGAGAGUGUUAAGGCCACUAGUGAGAUACUCUCCCCAAUCUCUGGUGAAGUCAUUGAGGUUAACACAAAGCUCACAGAGUCACCUGGUUUGAUCAACACAAGCCCUUAUGAAGAAGGUUGGAUGAUAAAGGUGAAACCAAGCAACCCUGCGGAGUUAGAAACCUUGAUGGGUCCAAAGGAAUACACCAAGUUCUGCGAAGACGAAGACGCUGCUCACUAGAGGGUUUCUUCUCUUUUUUUUUUUUUAUCUUCACCAAAUGCCAUAAAGAAACAGAGCAAAACAAUAGAAUCCAUGUUAAAGUUUCAACCGUUCACUUGUCAAUGUUUCUUAUAGCUUGUAUCUGUGUGAUACUAAUUUGGUUUACAAGAUCA